AUGCACGACGCGUAUGAACCCGUCCCUAUUUUGGAAAAACUGCCCCUCCAGAUCGACUGCCUCGCGGCCUGGGAGGAUUGGCUCCUUGUGGGAACAAAACCAGGCCACCUCCUCCUCUACAGAAUCAAGAAGGAUGCAGGUACGAACAGAUUUGAAGUAACGCUAGAGAAAUCCAACAAGAACUUCUCGAAGAAGAUCCAGCAGCUGUUUGUUGUGUCCCAGUACAAGAUUUUGGUCAGUCUGUUGGAGAACAACAUCCAUGUUCAUGACUUGCUCACAUUCCAGCAGAUUACUGUAGUGUCAAAGGCCAAAGGAGCCACCCUAUUUGCCUGUGACCUGCAGCAAUCCAGCUCAGGUGAAGCAAAAUUGCGGAUGUGUGUUGCUGUCAAGAAGAAACUACAGUUAUAUUACUGGAAGGACAGGGAGUUUUAUGAAUUGCAGGGAGAUUUUGCGGCUCCAGAUAUUCCAAAGUCCAUGGCUUGGUGUGAAAAUUCCAUAUGUGUGGGUUUCAAGCGUGACUACUAUCUGAUUCGGAUGGACGGACGCGGCUCAAUCAAAGAGCUGUUCCCAACAGGGAAGCAGCUGGAGCCGCUGGUAGCCCCUCUGGCUGAUGGGAAAGUGGCGGUUGGUCAGGAUGAUCUCACGGUUGUCCUGAAUGAGGAAGGAGUCUGCACACAGAAAUGUGCUCUCAACUGGACUGACAUCCCUGUUGCAAUGGAGCACCAGCCUCCUUAUAUCAUUGCAGUGCUGCCUCGCUAUGUGGAGAUCCGCACCUUUGAGCCCAGGCUGCUGGUGCAGAGUGUGGAGUUGCAGAGGCCACGAUUCAUCACCUCUGCAGGGCCUAAUAUAGUAUACGUUGCCAGCAACCAUUUUGUCUGGCGACUUGUGCCGGUCUCCAUAGCAAGUCAGAUCCGACAGCUUCUACAGGACAAGCAAUUUGAGCUGGCUCUUCAGCUAGCGAAGAUGAAGGAUGACUCAGAUGGUGAUAAGAGGCAGCAGAUUCACCACAUUCAGAACCUAUAUGCCUUUAAUCUCUUCUGUCAGAAGCGCUUUGAUGACUCCAUGCAGGUGUUUGCCAAGCUUGGCACAGAUCCAACUCAUGUGAUUGGGCUGUAUCCAGACCUUCUUCCCUCUGACUAUCGUAAACAGCUGCACUACCCUAACCCCCUACCUACUCUUUCUGGAGCUGAGCUCGAGAAGGCCCACCUAGCUCUCAUUGAUUACCUAACACAGAAACGCAGCCAUUUGGUGAAGCAGCUGAACGACUCAGACCCCUCCACCACCUCCCCUCUAAUGGAGGGCACACCUACAAUCAAAAGUCGCAAGAAGCUCCUUCAGAUCAUAGACACCACCCUGCUGAAAUGCUAUCUCCAUACCAAUGUCGCCUUAGUGUCGCCUCUCCUGCGCCUGGAGAACAACCACUGUCACGUAGAGGAGAGUGAGUAUGUGCUGAAGAAAGCCCACAAAUACAGCGAGCUCAUCAUCCUUUAUGAGAAGAAGGGCUUGCAUCAGAAAGCCCUGCAGGUCCUUCUGGAUCAGUCCACUAAAGCCAACUCCCCCCUGAAGGGUCAUGAGAGGACAGUGCAGUAUCUCCAGAGGCUAGGGGCUGAGAAUCUGGGCAUAAUUUUUGAGUUUUCCCCGUGGGUGCUGAAGAUUUGCCCAGAGGAUGGUCUGAAGAUUUUCACAGAGGACCUGCCAGAGGUAGAAAUGCUGCCAAGAGACAAGGUACUGGACUUCCUGAAGGAGGGCUUUAAAGAGCUGGCUGUGCCAUAUCUGGAGCACAUUAUCCAUGUGUGGGAUGAAACAGGCCCUGAUUUCCACAAUGUGCUUAUCCAACUCUACCUGGAGAAAGUGCAGACCUUGAUGAAGGAGUAUCUCAGUUCACUGCCUGAAGGUGUUCCAGCUGUAGCUGCGGGGAAAGAGGAGGGUGAGCUUGGAGAGUUCCGGAAUAAGCUUCUGUGUUUCUUGGAUAUUUCAACCUACUAUGAACCAGAGAGGCUCAUCAGUGACUUCCCAUUUGAUGGUCUGCUGGAGGAACGAGCUCUGCUCUUGGGUCGGAUGGGCAAACAUGAGCAGGCCCUCUUCAUCUAUGUGCAUAUACUGAAGAACACACAUAUGGCAGAGGAGUAUUGUCACAGGCAUUAUGACAAAUCGGCAGAUGGAAGUAAAGAUGUGUAUCUGUCUCUGCUGCGCAUGUACUUGUCUCCUCCAGACGUGCAUUGCCUUGGUCCCAUUAAGAUGGAGCUGUCUGAGCCACAGGCUAAUCUCCAGGCUGCGCUGCAGGUCCUUGAGCUGCACCAUAGCAAGCUCAACACUACCAAGGCCAUAAACCUACUCCCAGCGAACACUCAAAUAUGGGAGAUCCGUGUGUUUUUAGAGAGUGUUUUGGAGGAGAAAGCUCAGAGGAAGCGAUUUGACCAGGUCCUCAAGAGCCUGCUUCAGGCUGAGUUCCUGCGGGUCCAGGAGGAGAGGAUCUUUCAUCAGCAGGUCAAAUGUGUUAUUACUGAGGAGAAGACCUGCCGGGUGUGCAAGAAAAAAAUUGGGAACAGUGCCUUUGCCAGGUAUCCAAACGGUGUGGUGGUCCAUUACUUCUGCUGUAAGGAUCGCAGUGUGUGUCCUACAGAAUAGUGAGACCUCCUACCAACUGAAUGAACUGAGUACACACCUCCACAUACUAUGAAGACCCUUUUGUAUGCCGCUUUAAAGGCAUUCUGUGUGAAGGAAUGACCUUGCUGCACUAUUGAAAGAAAUGCCAGUCUGAAUGUUACACUAUAAUCAAAUUUGGCUUGUAUAGCCAUAUCUGGCUUAGGCCAAAUAGGUCAAAUAUUAUUGAACCUUGUUGGAGCAAGUACUUCUCACCUCUGCAGAUGGCUGUGGAUAGAGCCUGGACUGUAUAACAGUGCAAGUAAGGUUGCUGUUGUGUUGUGUUCUAGAAGACAGUUAUGUCAAUGUAACACAUACUGUAGAAUUUUGCUUUCUUGGAAGAAAGUCUUAAUGCUUCUCUUCCACCUCUCCCUUUUUUUUCCCCCAUUUUGAGAUACGCAUUUGUCCAGCUUUGUAUCAUACUUUGUGUGUACAAUUGAAUGCCUUGUCCACUGUUGUGUUCCAGCUGAAGUAUGCACCGACUGUUAUGCUGAGCCCAUCUUGUGAUUGGGCUCUCUGCUUCACCAUGUUAGCUUUAGGAUGUUCUGGCUGCAGUACUAGGGGAAACCAGACACAAAUCUCAAAACCUUUUCUUUUCUGGCGCUUCUUGUAAGGGCUGCCACUCAAAAGGGCCUUUUGCUUUGAGGUGGCUGCACAAAUGAGAAUGAGUAGGUGGUGAAUUCUUUAUUAUUUCCUCUCUCUUUCUGUCUCUCUCUCUUUGUCUGUCUGUCUGUCUGUCUGGGAAAUGUAGCAAGACCAUACUGAACUUGUUAACAGAGAGGAUUCUCAGCUUGUAACUUUUUAAUGCAAAGCAAAACCUUUUUUAGGUCUAAUUGAUUGAUUGAUUUGUUUUUCCAUCUUUUUGGUGGAAGCUUAGUAAUAACAACAACUGUUCACUGAUCACAGUAGCAUGGCACUUUUGGCUUCUAUUUAACUUAUGGCUUUAAUUUAUUCUUAGCGCAAGAUUUGCUGUAAGAAAAAGUAACAAUUACAGUGGAUCCUUCUACAAAGGUGUUUGAUAAUCUCUCACAGAUGGAAAGCAGGGGGCACCACCACUCUAGCUCGUCUUUAAAAUGUGUGCUGUUACCUGUCAGACAAACUCGUCAUCAAAUACUUGUCUCUUGAAGGAUCAGUCAGCCCUGUUUUCUCUCAUUAUGCUCAACCAUGACCUAGACUGUUGCUGAAAUUGCAAAGAUGGUUGUUUACGCUUAUGUUUGUAAGCGAUGUAAUAUAGAAAAUGUGUUGGUUUUCAAGAACGUUAAUGUAUAGAUUGUAUUUUACAUACAAAUUGGGAGACAUAUUAACGCUAAUAAACAUGCAUCUUGUCAUGUCG